AUGCAUGAUCGAUCGACGAUUUCGAAAGCUCGAAAUCGUCGAUUGUCUCGAGUCAACAACACUCCAGUCGUCUCGUUGUCGAACCAACAAAACUAGUACGAAGUUGAAAACUCUUUUCGUUCUUUUUUUUUCGAAAAUCUCGUACACAUUUCCACCAUCCGCACAUCCUUCAGCUUCAUCAUCGAUUCAUCAUCGCGAAGAAAAAAAAAGAGACGGAACAACCAUGAGCGAAGCGGUCGCGGAAAAUCCUGCAGAAAAAGUAGAAGACCGUCCGCCGACCAGCGGUUCGCAAAAAUCCGCUAUUGGGAGUAAAAUUUACAAGAGUAGAAUUCCCACGUCUCAGACAACCGGACGAAGUACAGCGCGAAUAUCACUCCACAGAGAGAAAAUAUUUCCUUUCAGAGCGACUCGACGAGCCGUCCGCCGUGCGAGGAGUGUUGCAGCGAGAUUAGCUCCAGCAAUUCCGCUCGUCGACUGACCAUGAAAACUAUAAACUUACCGACGUCCAUCAGAAAGCCAACGAAUCCGGUAUCCGCGAACGAGAAACGCCAACUGGAGGUUCAAUUCAACUCGAAGAAAACGCGAUAUGUCUCUCUGAAAAAAGAUCUCGUUCACAAGCAGAAAGUUAUGCAAGAGAUGCACGAAGAGAUAUCGAAAUUGCGGGAGAAGAUAAUCGCGAUCGGCGGCAAGGAUCCCGGCAACGUCGAGACGCUCAAGCCGCUUCAGGCGGAAUGUCCCAAGCAGCAAAGACUGCCGAUCGUGCCGCUCGAGACGAGCCCGUCGAACGACAAGCAGCAGCAGCAGCAGCAGCAGCAGCCGAUCUGCAUGGACGAGUCGGCGGUGAUCGGCGUGACGCUGAUGCAGAACCAAUUGCAGAGUCUUUGCGAUCGCUCGCAGGAGAUCUGCCAGAGCGUUCUCGACAAGAGCCUGUCGUUCGCAGCCCUCGUCAAGACCUGGCUGACGGAAUCGAGCCAGGAGGAGAAAUACAUCGACGACAACAUGCUGAUGUACUGCGUGUUGGAGCAUCCGAAACUGGAAACGCAACUGGCGAUUCUCGGGCGCGAUAACGAGGAGACGAGGAUACGGCUGGACGAGCUGAGAGCGAUUCAGAGCGACUUCGUGACCGAGUUCGCGAAAAGAACCUCGAGUCUGCGCAACGAAUACGACAAUUGUCGCGGACGUGUGAAGCAGGAUCAAGUACCGAGCGUCGUCGAGUUCAUGAAUCUGCGGGAACAGCUGAACGCCGCUCUCGAGGAUCUGAAGACGGAGCGCGACAAGGGGAAUCAGACGAAGGAUUGGAUGAGAGGGGCCGAGCGGCAAUUGCAAAAGAAAAUUCGCGAUAUGGAAAUUUACGUGACCAACAUGGAGGCGUCGCAGCAACAGCUGCAGAACAACGUGAGAUCGCUUCAAGCUCAGUUGAAGCAGAAGGAUCACAUGAUGGAGACGAAGAUGAAGGACAUGCACAAAGCGUUGAAGAGCAGCGAGAGUCUCGUGAUGAAGGUGGAGAAGCAACGCGACAACUUCGAAGCACGGAUAGUGGAACUGAAAGAGAAAAUGACUUCCAAGGAAGCGGAAGCGAACGCGACUAUUAAGGAGCUGUCGGAAAAAUACGAAGCGAUCAGCGCGGAGAUCAGUGAGGAAAAGGAGAAAAGACAGCAAGCGGAAGAUAAUCUGACCGAGAUGGAAGAGCGCUGCAAGCACCUCGAGGAGAAGAGUCAGCUGCUCUGCGACCUUGCGAGCGAAAAAAGUAACAACCUCGCUGUGGCAGAUAACGCUCACACGGAGAACGAGCUUGGUCUUUACAAGGAUCUCGAGGCGACCCGGGCCGAGCUCGAGAAGCACAAGGAGAAGAUCAAGCAACUGGAACACGAGAAGCAGGAGAUCGUCGCUGUGAUGCAUCAAGUGGCCAAUUACGACAACGAGGACGAGACCAAGAAUAAAUUGGCUGCCGAACUCGUGGCCAAGACCAACGAUCUCCAAAAUCUGAUGCUGGAGCACGCUCGUCUUCAAAAGAUCGCCAAGUUCACACAAGAGAGAAACGAGAUGCUGGAAAAUCAAUUGUCCGAGAUUCAGCGUCGCUUUCACGCGAGGUCGAAGGAGAACGGAAGCAAGUCCGAGAUCGAUGCGAUCGAGUUGCAGCAGCAGAUCUGCGAUCUGCGUAACAACUUGGCCGAGGUAAUGCAGCAGAAUCAGGAGUUGGAGAUCACGCUGACGCAGAAGCAACUUGAACUGGAGCAACGCGAUCGAGUGAUGCGGGAGCAGAGCAAAUUUCUGAAAGCCCGAGACGAGUUGCUGAAUUUGCUCAAGGGGAAGCAGCAGGCGAGCGCGGACGCGAACUCCGCCAAUGAAAAUUACGAAGAUAUCAACGAAAUCAAUAAGCAGAUCGCGGCGAAGACGGAAGCUAUCCAGGAACUGUACGCCACGCUCGAGAGCAAACAGAUGCAGGUGAUGCGACUGGAGAAAUUGGUGAAGCUGUUGGAGGAUCAGCAGGACCGGGCACAGGCGCAACGUACGCGACUCGAGCAUCGCAUCGCUCAGCUGGAAGUUAGCCUGCGGGAGAAGAACGGAAACAGUAGCAACGGGAGUAGAGCCUUCGACAUCUUAAAAAAAAAAACUCUGUAAUCGUCCGAGAGAAAUCUGUAUAUCGUCUCCUCUAUGUCUAUCCGCCUCUGCGCUUUUGGAUUAAACAGAUUUGAAAUUUGCACGUGAUCACACACACACACACACACACACAUCAAUUCUGAGAUUGUCCGUUUUACAUAUAUAUAUAUAUA